AUGGCCCCGGACAACAACAAUAAUAAUCUGGAUGUGGAUGGCCAUCAAAAUAAAAAGGAAGUGGUCAAAGGGGAUGGAGAGGACAGAGACAAGCAGGAGGAUGUAGAGGACAGGCAGGUAGAUGGAGAGGACAGGCAGGUGGAUGGAGAGGACAGGCAGGUGGAUGGAGAAGACAGGUUGGUGGAUGGAGAAGACAGGCAGGUGGAUGGAGAGGACAGGCAGGUGGAUGGAGAUGACAGGUUGGUAGUUGGAGAGGACAGGCAGGUGGAUGGAGAAGACAGGUUGGUAGAUGGAGAGGACAGGCAGGUGGAUGGAGAAGACAGGUUGGUAGAUGGAGAGGACAGGCAGGUGAAUGGAGAGGACAGGCAGGUGGAUGGAGAGGACAGGCAGGUAGAUGGAGAGGACAGGCAGGUAGAUAGAGAGGACAGGCAGGUGGAUGGAGAGGACAGGCAGGUGGAUGGAGAGGACAAGCAGGUGGAUGGAGGAGACAGGCAGGUGGAUGGAGGAGACAGGCAGGUUGAUGGAGGAAACAGGCAGGUGGAUAGAGGAGACAGAGAGGCGGAAGAUGGGGACAGAGGGGUGGUAGGGGUGGUUGUAUAA